UCCAACGUUCAGACAAUGAAGCUGCUCUUUUUGCUAGCGGGUUUCGCAUUGGUGGCCCUCCUUGAGGCCACCACCACCACUCCCGGUCUGGGCGUAUGGGAACGUCUGCAUCGCGAACCUCCGGUCCGGGGAGACCCGGCCAAAAGGGUCACGCGAGCCCAGGUUUCCACCAAGUGGAUCAAGCAGAAGUUGGACCACUUCGAUCCCCAGAACCCGUCCACGUGGAGUAUGCGCUACAUGGAAAACGGUGAACACUACGUUCCCGGAUCACCACUGUUCAUCUUCGUGGGCGGCGAAUGGACCAUCAGCGCCGGAAGCAUCCAGCAGGGUCACUUUUACGACAUGGCCGCAGAACAUCGGGCGUACCUCUUCUACACCGAGCAUCGGUACUACGGACAGAGUCGCCCCACUGUGAACACACGAACCGACCAGAUGCGCUUCCUGAACGUUGAUCAGGCCCUGGCGGAUCUCGCCCACUUUGUAGAGGAGAUGCGGCGAACUAUUCCCGGAGCGGAGAACUCCAAGGUCAUUAUGGUGGGAGGUUCCUACUCGGCGACCAUGGUCGUUUGGUUCCGUCAGAAGUACCCUCACCUGGUCAACGGAGUGUGGGCCUCGAGUGCGCCGCUGCUGGCCAAGCUGGACUUUACCGAGUACAAGGAGGUCGUGUCCGAGUCGAUUCGCUUGGUCGGAGGAGACGCCUGUGCGGAUCGCGUUCAGCGAGGUGUCGCUGAAGUUGAAGAUUUGAUCAAGCAGGGCAGUUACGACCAGGUCGCACAAGCGUUCAACCUGUGCGCCGAUACUGAUCUUUCGAAUAAGCGGGACAGACAAGGCUUUCUCAGCUCCAUUUCGGAUACCUUUGCCGGAGUUGUCCAGUACCACUGGUCUGGAGACAUCGAAGGGGUUUGUAAGGUCAUCAAUGACCCCAACUACAACACGGACAUGGAAGCUCUAGCCGGUUGGUUCACCUACGGUUCCACCAGAUGUCUCGAUGCGUCGUACGAAAGCAUGAUCAGCUACUACCGAAACACCGAUUGGACUCACGGUGCCAACACGGGAUCGAUGCGUCCAUGGCUGUAUCAAACCUGUGCCGAGUACGGUUGGUACCAGACUUCCGGGUCGGAAAAUCAGAUCUUCGGCUCGGGCUUCCCCGUUGAUCUGUACAUCCAGUGGUGCGCCGACCUGUACGACAACAAAUUCCCAGAAUCUUCGAUGCACGCUAACGUGGCCCGCACCAACACGAUCUACGGCCACAUGAACCCGGAGGUGACGAACGUGUUGUUCACCCAGGGUCAGUUGGACCCGUGGCGUCCGAUGGGAGUGCAGCAGGACUUGAACGAGCGCUCCCCAGCUGUUGUAAUUCCGCUGGCAUCGCACGUUGCCGACCUGAACUCAAUCAGCGACUGGGACUCUACCGAGAUGAGGGCCGCCAAGGAGAAGAUCAGCGAACUGGUCCGGCUGUGGUUGGCGUAAUUCGGUCGCGUUUUAACUUUUUGUAAACAUGUUAAAAAAUAUUAAAUCCGUGGAGAUUUUCCCUUAUCCCCUUAAAAAAAAGUGGAGCAUCAACACUUCCCGUCUUACAAGUCCUUUUCGUUGUCCCUGGUGCUCGGCGGAGA